AUGGAUUCCGAAGACGACACAAAAGACGAUGUUGAUUCUGGCAAUGAAUCCAGUGGAGACGAUGUCGACUUUGUCAUGGACGAGACACACAGUACCAGGGAGCGACAAACAGAACUCGAAGAAUAUCCAUACGAGGUGCUUUCUACGGAAGAGAUUGUUCAGCACAUGGUUGAUUGCAUCAAGGACGUGAACACAGUUGUCGAGAUACCUGCAACCACGACUCGUAUACUUCUCAAUCACUUCAAAUGGGAUAAAGAAAAACUCAUGGAACGAUUUUAUGAUGGAGAUCAGGAUCAACUUUUCUCAGAGGCUAGAGUUAUAAAUCCAUUUAGAAAACCAGUCAUACAGAGGCCAAAGCUGCCCAGAAGGAUAUCCACUUCCGGGACUGAGGAAUGCGAAAUUUGCUUCUCUAUCCUUCCCACUUCAAUGAUGACUGGCUUGGAAUGUGGUCAUAGGUUUUGUACACAGUGCUGGUGUGAAUAUUUAACUACGAAGAUUAUGGAAGAGGGUCUGGGUCAGACCAUCGCAUGUGCAGCACACGCCUGCGAGAUCUUGGUCGACGACGCGACUGUGAUGCGGCUGGUCCGCGACGCCCGUGUCAAACUCAAAUACCAACACAUUAUCACCAAUAGCUUUGUAGAGUGUAACCGGCUACUUCGUUGGUGUCCGUCCCCCGACUGCAGCAACGCGAUCAAAGUCGCGUAUGUGGAAGCAGCACCAGUCACUUGCCGUUGUGGCCACACAUUCUGCUUCGCUUGUGGGGAGAACUGGCACGAUCCCGUACGCUGCUGCUUGCUCAGGAAGUGGAUUAAGAAAUGUGACGACGAUUCGGAAACAUCAAACUGGAUAGCUGCAAAUACGAAGGAGUGUCCGAAGUGCAAUGUGACGAUAGAGAAAGACGGCGGGUGCAACCACAUGGUCUGUAAGAACCAGAACUGCAAGGCCGACUUCUGCUGGGUGUGCCUUGGCCCAUGGGAGCCGCACGGCAGCAGCUGGUAUAACUGUAAUAGAUAUGAUGAAGACGAAGCUAAAGCAGCCCGGGACGCCCAAGAGAGGUCGCGGGCGGCACUCCAGCGGUACCUCUUCUACUGCAACCGCUAUAUGAAUCACAUGCAGUCCUUGCGCUUUGAGUCCAAGCUGUAUGCCUCCGUGAAGGCGAAGAUGGAAGAGAUGCAACAGCACAACAUGAGCUGGAUCGAGGUCCAGUUCUUGAAGAAGGCGGUGGAUAUCCUUUGCCAGUGCCGGCAAACGUUGAUGUACACAUACGUGUUCGCGUACUACCUGCGCAAGAACAACCAGUCGGUUAUCUUUGAGGACAACCAGCGUGACCUGGAGUCGGCGACGGAAACGCUUUCCGAGUACCUCGAGCGGGACAUCACUAGCGAGAACCUUGCGGACAUCAAACAGAAGGUGCAGGACAAGUACAGAUACUGUGACAGCAGACGUAAGGUCCUUCUGGAGCACGUGCACGAGGGCUACGAAAAGGAUUGCUGGGACUACACAGAGGACGCCUUGGCGCCAUCUCCUACAAGACCUGGUAAGGCCUGA